CAGAUCGCGGGUUUGUACGUUCGCGAUAACGCUCCCCGAGUGCUAGAUCCGAUUUUUAAUCGUCCCCAGAUGACAGGGGACGAGAUCGAUCGUCGUUUCUCGUUCCGUCUUCUCGCGCGCUGAUCGUCGCCUCGACUGGCUACGCUCGAACGAACCACUUCUCGCCCCGUACAGAUCGUCCCACGUAGACCGCCAGCAUCGAUAUAAUACGUGAUACCAUGACUUUACACCCCUCCAAAUCCACGGUUCCUCGAUAUAUGUUUCAUUCACGAGUGAGAUCGUCCCCCCCGGGUGUUGUUUCUGUGCGGGAACGAAGUGUGACCGUCUAACGAUACGAAACCUGUGCUCCGGACAGUGUUGAAGGGAACACCGACGCUCGUUUCGGAUCGUUCUCGAUGCAAGGGGUUAUUUCAAUCGCUCGAUUAGGACGACCGAUGGCUCGCUCGAUCGACACUUUGACAACCGCCUCUUCUAACCAACGCUGAAUCCUGACUACACCUAUUCCUCGAAGAUGAGGCCCACGAUAUGCAGUGGCAUUGGCCUUCUUUCCUGCCUCUGGUGCUUCACCGUGUUCGGAAGUUACGCGACGACCGAAAUGGCGUGCGGUGAUCGUUUGACGGCACCUAGAGGUGUCAUCCAGACCCCGAAUUUUCCCAGCCAGUUUCCGGUUCCCAUCAAGUGCCGUUGGUUGAUCGACGUGUCCGACAUACCCGCGACGAACAGCUCGAUCGUAGUCUAUUUGACGCAAGUAUAUGUCUACAAGGGGCUCAGUUUCACCGAGUACGCGUACUACGAGUCAGAGAGCACGAACUUCGGCGCCACGUUGCUCAAGGAGAUCACCGAAGGCAACGUGUUCGAGUACCGAUGGUUUCGCACCUUUCGACCGUACCUUGUCGUGGAAUUCGAGCUGGACAGACUCGAGGGCAACCACGUACGUGUGCUGAACGAUCUGCUGGACGUGUACGGUUUCAACGUCACGUACCAGAUGACAGAGAACGAGCCGAAUUCGGGCUCCUGUUCCGUCCAGGCCUGCUCUUUCACCGGGAACUGCCUCAUCUCGGAGGAUUAUGCGAGUUUCCGGUGCGAUUGCUUCGAGGGCUUUAGCGGAAGGAACUGCAACGAGGGACCCUUGUGCUUCAACGAUAAACGCAAGCCUGUGUGUCAAAAUGGUGCCACUUGCAGGCAAAUUGGUGCAGAAGCGAUGAACUGUCAUUGCCCCGACGGCUACGUUGGAUAUCACUGCGAGAUCCAACUUCUGGACGGAAACGACGAUUGCGGAACCGAGAAUUGCAUAAUGCAGUGCCCUUACGACGAGGAGGACCGACAGCCUUGCGCCUGCAAGAACGGCACCAAAAUUUACAACUAUCGAUCGAGGUACCAGUGCAGAAUGAAGUUAUCGAACGUGACGUCUUUGAGGGCCACCUUAGCAGCGCAACACGACUUUUUGGGUUCCUAUGUGACCAAACAGCUAGCUAAAUAUUUAAGGAAAUGUAAUAUCUCGUCCGUGGAGGAUUUACAAAUCUUGAAAGCGAAGACCCCGUCGGAGAUCAAUUUCCACUUUUUGGCAAACUCCGACGACGGGGAUAGAAUUCGAGAAUCCCUCAACAAGUUGGUGCAGCGUCGACGGCUCAGCGAGAUCUCCCUCGAAUCGACUCACUUCACGUUUCAACAGAAACCUGCCCUCAAAUUACAGGGCCUCUCCCUCAUGCUCGAGGAGAAAGUUCAUAUAGGAGAUCGGUUGAUGCUAGGUUGCCAAAUUCAUGGAAGCGAGAGUACAAACUUCACAUGGUACAAGGACAAUAUGCUAGUGAAUGUUAGCAAGGCUAUGAGACGGAUUUCGCACCAUGUCCCUAACGAUGCCACCGUAGAUCUGUACACGUCGCUUUUGGACAUCGAGGAGGCGACCUUGCUCGACGCGGGUCAAUACACAUGUCAGGUUGUCUAUUGGGGCGUGCAACAGUGUAAAAGCAUCUACGUCGACGUGAGGGAUGAGCCGGACGUAAAAGUCAUGCCAAUGAGCGCCACCAUAGAUAAAGGGAGCAGUAUACAGUUGACGUGCACGACGCCAAACAUGCCCAACAUAGGAAUAGGAUUCAGCUGGACGAAGAACGGAGCCUUGCUGAAACUGGAACUCGGCAGCGAGGUGUGGGAGGAUCUCUAUCCUUCUGGAAGUAUAUUGAAGAUCACAAACGCGCAGAAAUCCGCGAUAUACACGUGCAACGUAGCGUAUAACUCCAUGUCCGUGCGCGUGGAAAUCGUGAACCGAAACACGACACCGAUUUGUGCGAGAGACGAAUCGUGGGGUUUGAACUGGCCGGACACGGCGCCCGGGUCAGAGGCGUUGCUGGAAUGCCAUCCGCACUUUCGCGGCAAGAAGGUCUCGAGGCUGUGCUCGAUGAAAGACGCCACCACGCCUGAAUGGCAGACGCCUGACUUCUCUUCCUGCUUCUACAAACCCCUCAUCUCGCAUUACUACAAGUUUAGAAGUCUGACGCUAGGCUACCAGAACGUAACUUGUUCAGAGACGAUUUUUGCCUUCUGGGAGAUCUUACGAUCGCGCGAACUGCCCCUUUACCCCGGCGAGGGUGACCUUAUUUUGAGACUGUUGGCGACGAUCGAACUUUAUCAGCACAAAAUCGACCCGUUGGACACGCACGUUUCGACAGAGCCUUUGAUACGCAUUAUCAGUCGAAUAUUAACGGACGAAAGCUCGAUUUUGAGUCAGCAGAAAGUGGUGCUGCUUCUCCAGAUUACACAACGAAGCUUAAUGCAGUGGUCGAUACAAACGGCGCAACCUUACAAGCAUCUGUCCCUACCUUCGUUGGUAUUAGACGUUCAGGAGUUGCAACAACACAAUGGCGACAGCAUCACGCAUUCUCUUCAAAUCCCCGUAGACGAUUCCAUAUACCCGAGUUGGUACGAAGACAAGGUGACCAUACGAUUGUGGAAGAAGCGCCACCGCGGAACGAAGACGAACAGCACCCUCAGCGGGAUCGUGAUCGUUUACAAAAAUUUAUCCAGCUUCCUUCCGACAGCGAACGUGAAGGAACUAGACGACGGGACGGACCUCGAGUUCCGCGUCAAUUCUCGAGUCAUCACGGUGGCGGUGCCCGCUUUCAAUCUCGACAAGCACAAUAAAAUAUGGGUGGACCUGCACGUGAAGCACGUACAGAAUCAAUCCAGCUCCUGGAAGGUGUCUUGCGGCCUCAUGGACAACACAGGCGCCUGGGACUUGAACAGUUGCAUCACCAAUGUAUUGCCAGGCGAUGCUGUGACGCAUUGCUUGUGCCCCAAUACUGGGACUUACGCAGUUUUUCUAACGGCACGCGCGCUCAGAGUAAUAUUAGCAAAGAAAGAACAAACCACGUUCAUCGUGAUAUUCGGAUGCGGUAGCUGCUUGGUGCAGUGUCUGUUGUCCUCUUUGAUCCUUGGAACGUUCUGGUGGAAGAAUCGUAGCUGGCUGAACUUCCUCAAGCUUCAGUGCUGCGGUGCUAUGGUUGGUGCCAUGUCCGUCUUCAUGUAUGCCGUACACAGUAAUCUUCCCGAGAGUUCGUACGCGAUCGUAGCGAUAGCGUUGGAGGCAUUCCUGCUCGUUGGUUUGUCCGCGCCGAUAUCAGAAGCAUUGAUCAUAUACGCUGGCCUUACACAAGUCCGACCUAAUCAGCACUUUCAACCUACCGUUAUUGCGGUCAUUACUGGCGUCCCUAUCUUGGCCGUACUGACUACCGAACUCACGCACAAGAGUACCGGCUGGAGACACGAGUCCUGGUGGUUGAUCCUAGGAAGCGGUGUAUACAACAUAUUUGUAACUUGCGCCACCAUGAUGUUCCUUGUAUUCGCGUUGCUGUACCUGGGGAUUCUGCACAAGGCUCACGCUCUCGUCGAGGAGAACGUCAUGAAAAAGGAGGCGAUAGAAGCAAGAUUAAGAAUGCUACACCGUGCCGCAAUCGUCAUAUGCGGGGUCAUCGCAAUGGAGGCCUCUUCCAUCUUCUACAUAAACUCCACUUCUAUUGUCUUUCACUACGUGUUUGCUUCUUUCUCAUCCGUUUUGGGAUUCGUUAUAAUAAUGGCGUACAUCGUGAACGGCGACUUGGCGAUCCUGGAUUUGAUUUUAAGGAAACUAAAAUGGAGACAGGACCCGGAGGAGGAGAUAACGUCCGAACCGAUCAAAGUGUGCUCGAAGAACGGCGCAGAAGUAGAUAACGACACGGCACCGCCUCCGUCCUCGUUAGGGAUCGGAGAGUCUUAUCUGGAGACUCGCGGGAUCGCAGCCGGUAGUAUAGACAUGCGUGAGUUCGUGAACGAGUCUUCGUCCUCGUACUCGAAGCCUUCCGUCCCCGUUGCUGGCAGAUUCCUGCCAGAGAUACGAAUCGACCACUCCGACGACAUAAACCUCGAGAAUUACAGCACCAGCCCGCGCAAGUACCAAGAGACGAUGACGUUCGACGGCAUGUACUCCGCGCGCACCACGUCCCAUUGCCCCACCGAUACUUACGCCGCCAACGAAUGUUGCGGUUUUCGUGAGUUCGGCAAGUACCGCGAUCCGCAAGGGCAACAAAUAUUCGUGCCCCUGAACCCGAUACUAGAGAACCCGGCGAAAGUUCUGUGCAGCGCGGAAGUCGAGUCGCGUCUGACCGGAAUGCCCGACGUCACUCUGGCCGUGAAGAGCGACAUCGAGCUGCUCUCCACCGGCGAGAUGAACAACAGAGAACACGUGAACGUUAUACCGGACAUAGCCAACACAACGGAACGAAAGCAACCGGACGGGGAGGAGAAAGCACCCGAGAUCGUGAUUACGAAUUGCGAGGCUACAACCAGCGGUAUGCUCGAUCGUAUUUCCCACGACCUUGACUAUCUGUUGAACCGCACGCACUCUACAGACGGUACUUGAGCCUCGUCGACAGA